UCACGCGUAAAGUGAAAAUGGCGAGAAAUGAGGAGAAGCAACAGGGGAGACUGAACAGACUGUGGCUUCAGAGAGAGAGAGAGGAGGGACGCCUCAAAGAUGUGCACGAGCGGAGACCCAAGCUGUCCACUCUAAAUUCAGCUUCUUCUGUGAAAAAGUGGAUCCCCACCAUUAAGAAUGAAAUAGAGUAUUAUUUGCAGCAAUCCCAGCUUUCUCAUUACCCAGAGAGGAAGAUAGCGGAGUUCCAGCUGCACAUUGAGGCUUUAGAAAGAGAGUAUAAAAGCUUCAUUGCCAAACUGCGAGUACUUGACCCUUCCUGUAAACACAAGCCGUGGACUCCUCGAGCAUACUGCAAAAGGAGAGCAGAGACUCAAGACUCUUCGAGCAUCGUCAAAACCCCUCGACGCAGUGAGUCACAGGAGGACAGCAGUCAGAUCAGUGGAGCUGACAGUGACUUGGACAGCAGUUGGACAGGAUGUCACAAAACCUCAGCCACUGAGAGGCAGGGAGCUCUCAGCUAUUCGGAGACCAGAUUUCAGACCCCUGUCCCCAUCAACCUGGUGUCAGAAACCUCAGAGGCAGUCUGUGCAGACCAGGACCAGCCCCUCUCCUUUGACCGGACACGGCUAGCAGUGGCCACUGCUGCGUUCAGAGGACUGUCAGCUCAGCUCGGCUCCUUUCAAACACAGAGCCUAGCCAGGGUGCUGCAGUCUGGCCUGCCAAACCUCAAUAAUUCUGCAUCAGGACAAAUAUUUACAUCGCAGAGCAGGAGUAGAGGCACAGAGAACGAUGACGGGACAGUGAUGAGUUUGGUUAAUGGACAGAAAGGUGGAGUCCAAGCACUUAAGUCAGACUGUGAAGCAGCAGAGAAGAUACCUGAGAAAGCAUCGAACAUUAGCACAACAGAGGAGACGUCUGGUCAUGUCCUGGGACUAGACUGUUACUCUUCCUCCGAUGACGACUGUGACACAUGAUGUUUUUAAAUCAUAAAAUGAACUGGUCCACAAUUUUCAACAUUUUAAUUUACAGUGAAUUGCAUAAUGAAACCUCUCAUGUCCUGUGUUCAUUCAGAGGCUUCCUAAGUGGUGGGUCUCAUUAACAAAAUAUUAAUAUGAUAAUUGUACCUACAUUUUUGAAAAUGACAUAGUAGAAAAUACUUUUUAUAAUACUUUUCCUCUCACUUUUAGUUCUAACUAAAUCCUGAAAUUUGUUUUGAAAGAUAGGCCUACAUUUGAUGCCAUGCUGUGUUUUUUUUGGGGUAAAAUUUAACUCUCUUCUUCAUACAUGAGGAGUGUGAAUCACAAUUACAGGAUAUGAGAAUGUGAGAAUGCACCCCCAUGUGAGAAUAUGACACAGUUCAACAGAAAAAGGGUCAAAUGAAUUAAUGAAAUGACAAAAGAUAUGUUUCAGUUUCCAAUUAAAGCCCAACUCACAAGACCUGCUGUGUGAGAGGAAAAGUUAA